UGCUUUGACCUCUUUUCUUAAAAAAAAAAAAGAAAAGAAAAUUCAAAUUAAAUUUGGUUAUUUGCAUUUUUAAGCAAUACGCAUCGAGAUAUGAGUGUGUAAUACAACAAUUACAAAUACUAUCCAAAAGGAGAGAGGAACGUUAAAAGAAGGCUAAAAGAACAACAACAGGAGAAGCACAACUACUCUCUGCUCUCUUCUCAGAUUUUGUUUCCUGUUCCUCAGCUCUUGUUUUUUUUGUUUUCUUCAGGUUUUUAAUUUCACUUUUGCUCUUCUGGGUAUUCUUCAAGCUUUGUUUCUUUUUUUUAUUAACUUAGAUCUUGUCCCUCCCGUAUGUGUUGUUUUCGAUUUGGGAGCGUCUUUCAGGAUUAGGGUUUUUUUGGUAGAUCAAUCAGUUGCUGCUUUAAUUUCCUUUUGGGCAGUGAUGGAAUCUUAGCUUCUGAUAUUGAGUUUGACCAUUCUAACUUCUUUAACUUUUUUUUUCCUGAAGAUAUCGGUUAGGUUCUGUAGAUUCAAGUUAAAUUGAUCUCUCUAUUGUUGUUUUUCUUUUAAGAUCUGUAGUCCAAUAAAUUGAUUCUUUGGGGCUUUUUUUUUCCAAUGAUUGAAUGGUGAUCAAAAGGGAUUCAUAAGCAUUUUCAUUUUUAGUAGGUAAGCACUGUCACAGCUAUGAAGAAGUCUAAUAAUAUCUUUUAGCUUGUGAGGUUGGAGGGGGAUUGAUACUUGUCGACUUUCACGCUCUCUGUGGUGGGAUUAUAAAAAAAAAAAAGAAAGAGAAGAGAAUAAAAUCAUGGGCUUACUCUGCAGCAGAAGUCGACAUCAUACAGAAGACACUGACGAGAAUGCACAGGCUGCUGAAAUAGAAAGAAGGAUAGAACAAGAAGCAAAGGCUGAAAAACAUAUUCGGAAGCUUCUACUACUUGGUGCUGGAGAAUCUGGAAAGUCUACUAUUUUUAAGCAGAUAAAACUUCUCUUCCAAACUGGAUUCGAUGAAGGAGAACUAAAGAGCUAUGUUCCGGUCAUCCAUGCCAAUGUCUAUCAGACUAUAAAAUUAUUGCAUGACGGAACUAAGGAGUUUGCUCAAAAUGAAACUGAUCCUGCAAAAUAUACCUUAUCCUCUGAAAAUAUGGCCAUUGGGGAGAAACUUUCUGAAAUUGGUGCUAGGUUAGACUAUCCGCGUCUCACCAAUGACCUCGCCCAGGGAAUAGAAACUCUAUGGAAUGAUCCUGCAAUCCAGGAAACGUGUUCCCGUGGUAAUGAGCUUCAAGUUCCCGAUUGUACGAAAUAUCUGAUGGAGAACUUGAAGAGACUAUCAGAUGUGAACUAUAUUCCAACCAAGGAGGAUGUUCUGUAUGCUAGAGUUCGCACAACUGGUGUCGUGGAAAUACAGUUCAGCCCCGUGGGAGAAAAUAAGAAAAGUGGUGAAGUGUACCGAUUGUUUGACGUGGGUGGACAGAGAAAUGAGAGAAGGAAAUGGAUUCAUCUGUUCGAAGGUGUAACUGCUGUUAUAUUCUGUGCUGCCAUCAGCGAGUACGACCAAACACUAUUUGAGGACGAGCAGAAAAACAGGAUGAUGGAGACCAAAGAACUGUUCGACUGGGUCUUGAAACAGCCCUGUUUCGAGAAAACAUCAAUCAUGCUAUUCCUCAACAAGUUUGACAUAUUUGAGAAGAAGGUUCUUGAUGUUCCGUUGAAUGUUUGCGAGUGGUUCAGAGAUUACCAACCAGUUUCUAGUGGGAAACAAGAGAUCGAGCAUGCAUACGAGUUUGUGAAGAAGAAAUUUGAGGAAUUAUAUUACCAGAACACUGCGCCGGAUCGAGUGGACAGGGUAUUUAAGAUCUACAGGACCACGGCUUUGGAUCAGAAGCUUGUGAAGAAAACGUUCAAGCUUGUAGAUGAGACUCUAAGAAGGAGAAACCUAUUGGAAGCUGGUCUUCUAUGAUUUACUUAUUUAUCACUAUUAUACUCAAGUAAAUUACCUAUCCUAUUGGAAGCUGGUCUUCUAUGAUUUACUUAUUUAUCACUAUUAUACUCAAGUAAAUUACCUAUUUUGUGUUUUUCAAAAAAAAAAACAUGUAUUUUUAAGAAACUGAAUGACCCUAAUUGUUCUGUCUGAACUCUAGAGAAAUACAUGUUAUUCAAAGUUCGAUGUCUUCGGCUACAUGUGUUUUUAUUCUCAUUGUUUUUGACUUUUGUUAUUCAAAGUUCGAUGCACAGGUUCAGUCCA